AUGCGUAACCCAAUCUACAAAGAAGUCAAAAAGAAGAAAAGAGUGCUUACAAGUUUAUAUAUUUUGUUAGGGAUUGGAUCACUCUUCGCAUUGGUUGUUGUAUAUGUGGUGUUAAGAUUGAGAAAGACAAAGAAGAAUGUAAGUCAAGCAGAUGUUUCUCUGGUAAAAGGGCAUGAAAGAAUUUCCUAUUAUGAACUUGAACAAGCAACAGAAGGAUUCAAUGAAAGCAACUUGCUUGGUAAUGGGAGUUUCAGCAUGGUCUACAAAGGGAUACUUAAGGAUGGUACCCUUUUGGCAGCAAAGGUAUUCAAUGUCCAAUUGGAAAGUGCAUUCAAAAGUUGUGACACGGAAUGUAAGAUACUUCGGAACCUUCGCCAUAGAAAUCUAACCAAAGUCAUCACCAGCUGCUCCAACCUUGAUUUCAAGGCCCUCGUGUUAGAAUACAUGCCCAAUGGGACACUUGAUAAAUGGUUAUACACUCACAACUUGUUCUUGAACUUAUUGCAGAGAUUGGAUAUAAUGAUAGAUAUUGCAUCUGCAAUGGACUAUCUCCAUACAGGCUAUUCAACACCUGUGGUGCAUUGUGACUUGAAGCCAAGCAAUGUCUUGCUUGAUCAAGAAAUGAGUAUGGACAAGAUGGAAUAGUAUCCACGAGCUGUGAUGUUUAUAGUUUUGGCAUCCUGAUGAUGGAGACGUUUACAAGAAUGAGACCAAGUGAUGCUACAUUUACUGGAGAAUUGUACAUACAACGUUGGGUUAGUGAUUCUUUUCCAGGUGAAAUUCAUAAGGUGGUGGAUUCUAAUUUGGUACAACCAGGGGAUGAAAAAAUCGACAUAGAGAUGCAAUGUUUGUUAUCUAUCAUGGAAUUAGCUUUGAGUUGCACUUUAAUGACACCUGAUGCAAGGAUUAGCAUAGAAUAUGCUCUUUCCACACUUAAAAAGAUUAGGUUCCAGCUUGUCAGUAGUCGGCACUAGAUGGUGCCGGACCGUCUACUCUUGUAUGUUAGAAUUUGAUUACCUAUGCCAGUUAUGUUA